AUGUCUGAUCACACUCCUAGAGACGAUUCAUUGACUUCAACCUAUCAUGGCCCCGAGACCCUAAGCAUACGAUUUAACGGACCAAUCCUCCUCGGAACCAUCAGAUCGCAUUCCAGUACCACACACGAGCUAUACAACAUUGGAAUUUAUCCUCACGGUAAUAGACGCUUAGUAACCGGUUUUGAACUUCGUGUUGAAAACGAUUUGGCAUUGGAUUACCAAUCCGCUAUGGUACCCGGGGUCUACCACUGUGAUGGAAUCAUCGUUCGCUCCGCGGACAGCCAACGCAACCACAUCAGUACCAACCUAUCCGGAUUGAGCGCCAUGGAUGACGUGAGGCCACGAUCAUUGGAAUGGGACCAUUUGACUGGUAUAAAUGCGACAGGUCGCGUGAUAUCAGACAAUGCUAUCCCGAAUCCGUAUGGCACAGACGCGUGGCGAAUGUUGUUGUUACAGCACUGCGAAUGGGAUGCAUCGGCUCUCGUUCAUACACAGUUCGAAGCCCAAUAUUUAUACCAAGUUCAUACCUCGACUCUUUGCGGAUCAGGCCAUUUACGUGGUACAUUAAUCCAUUUACGUGGUAGGUACUUAGCGAGGGGAAUUCCACAGGGACGUGGCUGA